CAUCAUUAUUCCAUUUAGAUGUUAGGGUGGAACUGAGGAAGGCAAUACUUGAUGAGGCUAUAUAUAUGUGCAUGCAAGCCACAAGCGUUGCAAAAUAAUUCCAUAGACUUUAAAACGUGAUGAGGGUCACUCUCAUUCUUCUUCUUAUUUCUUUCCUUUCCACAAUCAGUGACGCCACAACCAUUGCAGUUAAUAACAACAAUGGUUCACUCACCAACAUUGAUCCCUCAAAAUUGAGUUUUAAGUUCGCAGUGUCUUGGCCCCUGGGCUUCUGCAAAAUCAAUACGUGCUCGCAGAAGCCCGCGGACUUGCCUAAGAUUUUCACCAUUCACGGUCUUUGGCCCAACUACAAUGGCCAAUGCACCGAUUCGGCCGAACAAUACGAUUUCACCAAACUUUCGUCCAUCUAUGCAAAUCUUAAGAAGUAUUGGCCUAACAUUAAGAGCAGUAUGAGACCAGAGCAAUUCUGGGGUAACGAAUGGACGAAACACGGCGUGAAAUGCAACCUAUUCACCGUGAAGGGGUACUUCGACGAGGCUCUCCGCUUGUAUGGACAAGUCCAGUCUGGUCUAAACCUUCUCACCCAAGAACCUUUGAAGACAACGGUCGAUUCCAUUCGGGGUUUGAGAGCAUUUCAAGGAAAGAAACCGUUUGUGCUGUGCAAGGAAGUGAGUGUGGGCAAGCAGAGGAUAAACUAUUUGGAAGAAUUAAGGUUUUGUCUCAAUGGGAACAGAGAGUUCAUCGACUGCGAACCUCAAGCUUCGCAAGAUCGGUUCUGUUCUAAACAGUUCAAAUACAGUGCAACGUUGCGGGAGUCCUUGCUGGGCAUGGUUGCUGAUCAAGAAGAGUUCAUAGAAGGUGUUGUGGCAUAACAUAUAUUAUGAUUUAUAUUAUGAAAAUAAAUGGUAAAAUCCCAUUGGGUACGUACCCUUUGUAAAAUUUAAAAUAAAACUAAACAAAAUAAGUGUGGCCGGGUAGGUGACUCUGCAAGAGCAUCUAAAUUGAAAAUUUCUCAAUGGGACUCAUAGGAAGCACCCAAAAAAUAAAUGCAGAGCAUGAAUAGAAUUGGGUAUGUCCUUGCAUAAUACCCUUGAUCUUGUGGACUACUCCCAUCCGGAGUACAUUCGGAGAAUAAACAUUGUUUUGGCUA